AUGAAUACCACCAGCCAUGCACUAGACCCAACCGCCGCCGCCAAGCCGCGAGGCGAGCUUGGGGAAGUGAGCCUGCCUAACGGCUGGGAUCCCUCCGCCCUGGAGCGGGCCCGCGUCUUGCGAGCCUCUCAACUAGAACUCACCUCCCUCGUCGUGAGCCCUGAGUCCUCCCUCAGCACCGUCGUCCAGGACAUCACGACGCUCGAUGUGUCACAGAAUCGGAUUAGCUCUCUGCACGGCCUUCAGGCCUUCCCCGCGCUCGAGGUGCUGAACCUCCGUCACAACCUCCUGCACGUCCUGGAUGGGGCCGCAGUGUCCCCGCUGCGGGGCCUGACACGGCUGCGGAGCCUUGACCUCGCGCACAACGGCCUCGUGGAGCUGCCGGACCUCCGCGCGCUGCUGAGCCUGCAGCUGCUGGACCUCUCCCACAACCACCUUGAGGACCUCACCGGCCUCGACACGCGGCUGCCGCUCCUCGGGCUGCACACCCUGCGGCUCUCCCACAACCGAAUACGAGGGGUCAGCGGGCUGGUCGGGCUCAGCGCCCUCGCCGCGGCGCUUCGCCAGGUCGAGCUCGACGGUAACCCCUUCACCGCGGUGGCAGCAGGAGGGGGGAAGCCAGCGGGGUGGUGGCGGCCCUUUGUGCUCUGGCUGCUGCCGCUGACGAUGAGCCUGGACGGGGUGGGGUACACCUGGCCGGAGCAGCAGGUCGCGCUGCGGCUCUUCCGCGAGCGCGGUGCCCUGACAAAGCGGCUUCUGAAGCUUAUGAAUCCAUCCUUUCAAAAGGAGUUGAUGGAUUACCUCCUCGAGCAAGGGAGAGGGUUCUUAACACCGGCGGAGCCGCGCAAGGCCUUCGAGGCUUCUAACGGUGCUGUGAGGGGCGGGGGGGGAAGCUCGAUCGCGACGCAACGGUCGUUUUUUGUAGAAACCGCCGACGAUUGUCGGAUCCCAUCCUUGGAGCCGAAACACUUGGUCGUGAAUUCUUCCGUCGCAGCCCAGACGAGGCGCACGGCGCCCGUCGCCAUCAUAUUGCGUGCAAUCCAGGACAAGCUGCGUUCCCUUUCAGAUGUGGUUCAGGUCCUCUGGAAACAGGAUAUAGCCCGUAGAAACCGGGCAGCUAUUACGAUUCAACGCCACGUGCGUGCCGCGUUUGCGUGGAAGCGGUUAACCGAGGAGAAAAAGGAGUACUGCCGGGCGAUACGCUCGCAAAUAGCUCGUAGAAAGUGGUAUGCGUAUAGAACCAAGACCUUUGAUAGUGACUGCGCCACUCAGCAUCUGAAUGAUGCUGCUUCGGAUGAAACGGCACGCAUGGUUUCUAACGCAGCGGCAACUUCUCUUGCUGAUCGUGAGGUGGCAACGGUGACAAAGAAAGGGGAGUUAGCGCAGAUGGAGAGCUGUGCGGCUGGGAUGAGUGAGGUCGUCAACACGAUGCGCUCCUUGCAGGAGGUGAUGAUGACGAUGUGGGAGGAUCUCGAUCACUUUCGUGCAAUGGCAAGCCGCGAGCAGCGCCGUGCCGCGACGAAUAUUCAGCGUGUCUACCGUGGCUACGUUUCGCGUAAAGCGUGGAGAGAGCUUAAGGCAGGGUAUGAUGAGUUCGUAUCGUCUAUCGAGGUGUAUAUUCUGAUUUUGCAGCGCUGCGGGCGGGGCUGUUUAGGGCGCCUCAAAAUAGCUGAGCAGAAUCGAUACCGUCAGGAGGUACAUCAGCUGCGCAAAGAGGUGGUGGAGUUACGUCAUGAAACACGUGAGAUGCGUAGUAUUAUGGAGAGCUUCAUGCGUCAGCAGCGUCUUAGCCAGCAUGUGGAUCCCGAAAAGGCAAUGGAUGAGAUUAUGGAGCAAUACGCACGAGGCGCGUGA